AUGGGCACACCAACGGCCGACUCACCUACCAGGUCACCGACUGUCGCUGGUGCAGAGGCACAUGCAGGCAAUAUGGCAGACACGCCUGCAGCUUCAGCUACACCUACAGCAGCGGUUCAAUUCCUGGCUGUGGCAGAAACUGCUGCUGCAGCACUGACCACCCUCACACCAACACCAUCAGGCUCAGGCGCGGCAGCAGCAGGGUCCUUAGCUCCACCGGGACACACCCAGUCAGAGCCCUCUGCCGACCAGAGACCGAUUGACUGGUACCAGGUCAUUGUCAACGGAGCAUCAACCAUGCUCCGUACAAUUUCCCCGACUGGAUCCCCCCCGUGGCACGCGAUAUAUCGUGAAGCACUGACGGCGGCAGCAGCUGAAUUCGGAGCAGCAGCAACUACUCCAGCGGCAGGGAACACGGCACGAGCACCGGUCACGGCUCCCAUCGCCCCCCAACCAAGUCCGAACCCACCGGCAGCACAAACCAGCCCAAUGCCAGGCAUGCUGCAGGUGGGAAACACCAGCAGCCUCUUCAUACAGGGUGCUGGACCCAACGGCAUGAGAGGAGCGGUGACAGGGGCAUGCAAGGAUGUGGUGGAGCAACGUGAACAACAGCCCACCGCAACAGCGGCACCAGCUGCUUUGGAGGAAGAGGACAGGAGAGGGCAGGCCAUGGCAGAUACAGACACAACCGUCACAGCUACCCCAGCAGCAGGAAGCAACGACAGGGAGCAGUUUGACCCAUGCGGAGGAGAGGACGAAGCGGAGCCACCCGAGCAGCCCAUGAGCCCAACGAGCCAGGAGGAUGCAACCCCAGAGGGUUUGAAGCUGACAAAGAGAGAGAUUGGCAAGGCAGCGGCAGCUCUCAUGCGGGGUGAGCAGUUCGGCAUGAAGGGCCUAGAGGCAGCAUAUGGGCUGAAGGAAGAAGAAGACCUCCCUACUGUUUGGCAUCGUUUCUUCGAAGAUAUGCAGUCCAUGCUACUCAACACGACACCACCAGAGCCCCCUGCUUCCUCACCCUUCAAGAGCUUGCCUAAGCUCCUGCGCAAGGCGAUCGAGAAGGAGCUGGCUUCAUUCAAGAGCUGCCUUCGCACCUACAGCAAAGUAUCGAACGGCCUGUGCGAGCUUCAGCAGCAGUUCAGGGAUGGGGAAGUUUCCCACGCUCUCCGGAUUUCAACCCCCACGCUACAGCUAACCGACCCUGCCCUACAGGAGAGUUUGAACCAGGCCCUAGACAAUGAGCUGAAAACCUUCAAAACAAAGGCCCAGCUGACUCUGAUGGGGUACAAAGAGAAGGAGAAGGCUCACUGGGAAGCGGCAGCAGAGGUGUGGGCGGCACGGACACACACUCGCUUCGAGAGCUUCCUGGAGAAAGACCUUCACUUUUUCGAGACCCAUGCAGCACCUGGUACCCCUGCACCCGAUGCUCACCUCAAGGAGCUGGCCGCUGACUACAUGGCACGUGGCAUGGCACGAGAGCUGAUGUAUCAUGCCGUGUGGAUCAAGGGCAACCGCAACUCAAAGGCAAGGGGGGCAGCUAAACGGGAGAAGGCACGGGGUGAACAGGCGCAGGUGGAGCAGAUACAAGCAGAUCCUUCUACCGACCUGCUCGGGCUGAUGAAAACACUGGUUGGCCCCCUACAGCAGCGGGUAGAGGCCUUGGAGCAGCGCCAGUCUAAGAAUACCGCAGCGACGCCAAAAACAAUCCCGGACGACAGCGUUACCCCUAGGGGGCUGCGCGCCCCCCCCCGAAAAACCACCCCCCCCCCCCCCCCCCCCCCCCCCCCCCCCCCCCCCCCCCCCCCCCCGCUUCUCAUCACGAUGUACCCGAACCCCAGCAGCUCCACACUACUAUCAUCAUCUCAUCCAUCUCCCCCGCCCCAUUCAUACGCUCGCAGGGUAAAUUUUCAAGAUGUGACAACAGGCUACGCCUCCCACAUUCACAUGUCUCUCUGUCCCUCUGUCUCCCUCCCUACACCCACAUCCAUGUACGCACACACUCGCACGACCCACCUGCACCGACAGUCAUGA